CGCGGCAUUGCCGCCGGUCGCGCCAAAAGCCCCUGACGCCUCACCUCACGGCUCACGGCUCAUGUGCAGCAAAAUGUCAUGCAGUUAUGCACAUGCAGCAAAAGUAAAGCUGAUAGUGAGCCUAUGGCCAAUCCUCCAAUCCAAUCCAAAUUCCAAUGCAAUGCCACGCCAGUCGAGCGCUACUCGCUGUAUCGUAUGCACAUGCAGUGCGUACUGCGUGCGCUGGAACUUUUUUUUUAACUUUAUUCAAGCAUAAAGUUUACAAAUUAAAUAUACAGGUAUCUGUGUCUUACGGAAUAAAAAAAAAGUUCAUUUAUUUGGUGAUUCAAUAGGACACGACUAGUGAUAGUGAAGUUAUUUGUUGUUGUGAUGUGAGGUUAUACUUAAGUGAAUAAAGCAAGCUCAAGAACAUUGCCGCCAUUUGUGCAUAUUAUGGAUUUUAAUUAGGGAUUGCAUUAAGUUGCCGAUAUUUAAUAAAGAUAAAGAAGAACUAGUGAACACACAACAAAAGAAAAACAAGAAAAAAAUGGAGCACGCUACAAAUAUUGAUGAUGUCUAUCAUCAAAUGACAAAAUAUUCAAAUGAAAAGCCAAUUCAAGUCACUUGUAUUUUUGAGGAUUCUGAUUCAGAUGAUAAUUCACAGCUACCCGAAGAAACAGCUCUACAUACUGCUUCUCAAAACGAAAACACAAAUUCUGCUACACAGCAGUUGAAUACACAAUCAUUUAAUCAUAAUUGUGAUAAUAGUGCUAAUGAAGUUGAAAGCAGGUCUUUACUUUUACAAUAUAAGCGGUUACCGUCAGACCCAUGUCCGAAAAAUCACACAAAUGUUCAAAAUGAAGAGGGGACAAAAGAAUCUCAGUUGAAGGAAAUUUUAACAAGUGCCAGUAAUGUGCCAUUCUCUAAACGUAUGACACCCAAUCAAAAGAAUCAAUUCGUACAGUUAUUAGAUACAGUAGCAGAAAAUUUGAUAAUCAUUACUAAAUAUUAUCACUAUUUUAACUUGAAAUUUGGAAUAAACCAUGCUGCUAGAGAGAACUAUUUACGAUACAAAAAUUAUUAUUUUGAUCAAUCAUACAGUGUCCUUGUUUCGGUAUUUAUACCUCACGAGAACAAUCAAGUAUUCAUAAACAAAUUUAUUAAUAGAACGAUUGCAAUAGCAAAUUCUCAAUCGUGGUACCUUCAUAUGACAGUUGACGAGCUGACAGUUUUUGUUAAAGGUAUGAUUAAAUGGGCUAAACAAAAGAAGAUGCAUCAAGAAGCAAGUGCGAAUCAGUUACAACAGCUGAUUAGUGCUUCAAAUGCACACUCUAAUCAAUAUAUACUGUCGCCGAACAGGAAUUCCAAUUUUGAAACACGACAGACUUAUGUGAAUUCAUCAUUACUACCUGUGGUACCACCCGCAGUAUUCGGACCUACAGUGCCACCACCAUCAAACUACACCACAAAAAACAACACCUAUGAGGGAUUUAACAGACCACCGCCAAUGUAUAGACAACCUCUAACUUCACCUGCACCUGAGUGCUGUGAACCGCCACCAAAAAGUUGCUCAAACGUGUAUACAAAACAGCAAACGAACAGAUCACAUCCUAUGUAUAGACCACCUCCACAACUACUUGAAAUACCACCUCCGUCAAGAAGCACCUCCAAAGUUAACAAUAUUGACCAGAAUAAGCAAAAUCCUACAGAAAAUCAUAUUAAUAAUAUCUGUAUAUUUUCCGACAAAAUAAGUAUCAGCGUUGAUCCAGCAAUCGCAGAAUCAGUUGUUAGUAAGAAUAUUCGAAAAGCUCCGUUAGAUCGAACAAGUAAAAGACGUAAGACGAAUGAUGAAAAUGGAUAUCCAUCAGCAUUAUCUACAAACUGUACUGCUCAUAACAAUCAGCUUCCAUACAAUAUUCAAAACCACUACAACCCAAAUCAAUCCCCGCGAAUAUCAAAUCCAGAUAAUAUAAUGCAACCUAUCAAUAAUUCAAGCCAAUAUUGUCCUGGAAUAAGGCAAAAUGAUAGAGAAUCUGAUAAUAUGGAAAGUCAACCGCACUUAUCUAGAUCAGUGUCAAGAGACAGCGGAUUUGGGAGUCCAGUUCUAUGCUCAAUGCUACUCAACAACGAUAAUAAUGUGGUCUUCCCGUCAGAUAAUCAAAAGUUAGCCCCAGAAGUACCUCAGAUGUCGUCUAUGAACCCCAACAACGAUACAAGUUCAAUAAGCGGCGCGUGUAGAAUUUGCGGCACGUCUACUAAAUAUGUCUGCCUCGCAUGUUCUAAAGAAUAUUAUUGUUGCUCUGUGUGUCAGACUUUAGAUUGGCCGCGACACAAGAUAGAAUGUAGAACUAGGUGAAAAAUGUGAAAGUGAUCAUAAAUAACUUAAAACACUAUAAAAAAUAUGUUGUACCAAAAAUUAUAUUAAUUAUAAUACAUAGCUAUAAUUAUUGUAUACAGGUGCUAUAAUUUUAAAUAAGCCUUUGUUGAAUAUACUACCUAAAUUAACGCUCUACUGGUUUACAUCGCAAAUCAACGAUAUUUUAUACUAUAGAUAUGUUACGUGCCUAGAAAAUCACCGCAAAAAUGAUCCGAAUUUAGCAACUUUACUUUGUGCACACUCAUGCACAAUUUUCUGUUUACUUACAAUAUUUAAGUAGGUAUAUUUUAAACUUCCUGAACACACAACUCGACAUUGUAGACAAUAUUUAGGUUUUAUUUAUAUAAAGAACUUUCGUUUUCUAAUAAGCGACUAAGUAAAUGAAAUUAAGACAAUUAUGCACAUUUGUCCGUUUCAGUUUUUAUACGCUAGUGCCCUAUCUCUAGUAUAAUAUAUCGUUGUCAAAAACUGGCAGUUUAUUUGCCUUGAAUUUUUUCAUUCAUCAAACUUAUGUUAUUUUUAAGAACAGCCUUAAUGCUAAGGCCUUCUUCAGCUUUGCUGUUUAAAAUAACGCAAUUUUUAUAAUAUUAUGUGAACAAACAAAUAAAAUUAAACAUAUAAUUUGUAUUAUUUUUUAAUCAUUUUAUUAAUUAGGACAAAUAAUGUUAUCGUUGUUAUUUUUUGUAAUUUUUAUUGAUGUAAAAUUGCAAAGAAUUAUAUUAGAAAGUUAUUAAGUAUUUGUAUAUGUUUUUAAAGCUCUUGUAUGACAGUGACCAACAAAACGCUUUUAGAUUUAAAUAAAAACCAGCAUUUGUUACUGAUUUAUGUUUAUUAUUAUAUUAUAAUUAAUAAUAUAUUAAUAUUAUAUUAUAAUUAAUAGUAAUAACAAAGCCUUAAUCAGUGAAAUUGCAAGAAAAUAUGUCUUGGACUAUGUCUGGAAUCAUUGUAGUGUUAUCAAAAUAAUGAUUAAAUUUUUUAUAAAAUAAA